AUGUCGCCUUCACAUAUCGAAUCCAACGGGGCUCGCAAGACAUCCAAUUCCCCGGAUGGUAGCUCCAAGUUUGACAUGUUCCGCCAACUUGUCCCGAUCGUCCGUGAUGACAAAAUCACCUACCUAAAUGCAUCAUUCGCACCACCCUCCAAUCUGAUCAUCCACGAGGCGCUUAACAAAUACCUGUCUGAGUCCCUGUACAAGGAACUUCCCAAGCCAGCAUGGCAAGCAGCUGUUGAAGAGACUCGAAAGCUGCUCGGCAGAUACAUCAACGCCGAUCAAUCAACCAUUGCCUUCACUCGCGACACAACCGAGGGUCUCAACAACUUCAUCCAUGGCUUGCGCUUUCAGCCCGGCGACAAUGUCGUAAUUCUGGACAGUGAGCAUCCCAACCAUGCCUACGGGUGGAUGUCGCUCCGUGAAGCCGGGCUCGAAGUUCGCCAGGUUCCCACCAUUCCCGGGGCGGAGAAAUCUGGACAAGUCACAGCUGCAAAUGCGGCUACCUUUGCGCCAUACGUUGACGAUCGAACACGCGCGAUUGGUAUCAGCUCCGUCAUGUUCCAUAGUGGGCAAUGGAAUGAUGUCGCUGACAUCUGCGCCGCUUCUCGACCUCGAGGCAUCCAUGUGGUCGUAGAUGCCACUCAACAAGUCGGGUUCGCACCCAUUGACGUCAAAGCUAUGGGCGUAUCGGCGGCAGCAUUUGGGAUGCACAAAGGCCUCAACUGCCCCACGGGUCUCGCGGCUCUCUACGUGGAUACAGAUGUCAUUGCGGACGCCAACCCAACUCCUCCGAUUGUUGGCUAUGGAGCUGUCAGUAAUGUGCGCGCAGACCUUCUGGUCCCCGACGAUCCCAUCUUGUAUCAUCCUACUGCUCGGCGCUAUGAGCAUCUCAAUGUGAGCUUGAUCGCUAUAGCCGCUGCCAAGGCGUACCUCACCUUUUAUCUUGAUACCAUGGGGCCGCGCGAGGUCGAGGAACACUUGUUCAACUUGGGCGACGCACUCCGAAAAGAAUGCAAACGCCUGGGUGUCACAGUGGUUGGGCCUGAAACCCGCAAGGAACAUGCACCGCACCUCUACAUUCUCGAUUUGCAUGGCUCGGGAUGGAUGGAACACCUUCGGGAAAUGGAUGUCAUUGUUACGCCAUACAGGUUAGGAAUCCGGGUCUCCUUUGGCUUUUACAACAACGUUAAGGACGUUGAGAGGCUUUCAUGGGCGAUUGAAGCGGGUUUGAAGAAGAACCUGCCUCUUGGGAGAUCUUGA